CAUGGAAAACUGAAACUUGCCAUCUUGAAACUUUCAGAACUGUUCCUAAACUUGACAGUGUGGCAGCCACAAACGCAUAACACUGUUAACUUCUGUUUAGAAGAGUAGUUUGUUUAAUUGUCUCUAUACUAAUACAGAUAGUAGUUUAUACUAAUACAGACUGAGUUUGUGGUCUAUCGCUGCUGUACAUAACACAGAGUGACGGGCGGGUCGCUGGAGUCUCUCCCUGGGUUGUGGGACCCACCGGUCACGUGAUCCCGUUCGCCCCGCCCAUUUAACCGCAGACGGGCAGCAGCGGCGUGUCUGCUCCCGAGGCCCCGCCCUCCGGAUGACGCAAAGUCUCUUCGCGCAUGCUCACUGCCGCCAGAUUGUCGGUGUUUGCCUUGCCGCUCAGUACUGAAGCGGAUCGUCUGCGGGAUCGGGAAGGGACGAUCGCCUCCUUGAUCGGGGAGCCGGGGGUCGGCAUCACUAUUUACGGGCUGAAGAUAUCACUUUCCCAUCGGUCUCUGGAGCUCAUCAUAGUGACGGGCAGAGCAGUUACCAUGCAAAGCGUGAAGUAUCCGGAUGGGAAAUUUUCUAUGGUGUAUUGAUAAAAAAUUUGUUAGACCUGCGGUGAGAGAUUUAUUGGAAGAAAAACCCAUAACUGGAAUCAAACCACGAUUGAAGAUGAGGGAGCAGCAACAAGUGAACCAGCCCGAGGACUGAGAGCAUCAACUGGAGAGAACCCAUCUGACUCGGAGAGUCCAGUGAUUCAGUCACGAGAAAGUUUGGUUAGAAAUGACAAGGAAUUUAUCUAUAGGAAUCUCGACCACAACGCAUCAGCUUUGUUGACUCUGUCCAGAUAUUUAUGAAGUGGAGCAAGGGAUUCACUCGAUCAUCCUUCCUGCUCAGACUGUGGGGAGGGGCUGACCGACUGCCAUGCCCAUCAUUUUACACAGGGGAGAGGCCAUUCACCUGCUCAGACUACAGGGAUAGAUUCACUGAGUCAUCUCAGCUGAAGGUACAUCAGCAAUUUCACACUGGACAAGGCCAUUCACAUGUUCUGUGUGUAAGAAGGGAUUCAGUUGGUCUUCCGACCUAUGGACACACCAGUCAGUUCACCCUGGGCAGAGGCUGGUCGUCUGCUGAAUUUGUGCAGAGGGAUUCACUAUGUCAUCUGAUGUAAUGGCUCACCAGCGAGUUCACACCGGGGAGCGGCCGUUCCCCUGCUCAGUCUGUGGGAAGGGAUUCAUUAAAUCAUCUAAACUGAAGAUACAUCAGCGAGUUCACACUGGAGAGAGGCCAUUCACCUGCUCAGACUGUGGGAAGGGAUUCACUCAAUCAUCCAGUCUACUGAUACACCAGCAAUUUCACACUGGGGAGAGACCGUUCAUCUGCUCAGUCUGUGGGAAGGGAUUCACUCGAUCAGCUGACCUUGAUAGACACCACCAAGUUCACACUGGGGAGAAACCGUUCACCUGCCCAGACUGUGGGAAAGGAUUCACUUUAUUAUCUCAACUACGGAGACACCAGUCAGUUCAUACUGGGGAGAGACCGCUCACUUGCUCGGACUGUGGGAAGGGAUUCACUCGGUCAUCCCAACUACUGGCACAUCAGCGAGUUCACAACGGGGAGCGGCCAUUCACCUGCUCAGACUGUGGGAAGGGAUUCAUUAAAUCAUCUAAACUGAAGAUACAUCAGCGAGUUCACACUGGAGAGAGGCCAUUCACCUGCUCAGACUGUGGAAAGGGAUUCACUCAAUCAUCCAGCCUACUGAUACACCAGCAAUUUCACACUGGGGAGAGACCGUUUACCUGCUCAGUCUGUGGGAAUGGAUUCACUCGAUCAGCUGACCUUCAUAGACACCACCAAUUUCACACUGGGGAGAAACCGUUCACCUGCCCAGACUGUGGGAAAGGAUUCACUUUAUUAUCUCACCUACGGAGACAUCAGUCAGUUCACACUGGGGAGAAGCCAUUCACCUGCUCAGAAUGUGGGAAGGGAUUCACUCAGUCAUCCCAACUACUGGCACAUCAGCGAGUUCACACUGGGGAGUGGCCAUUCACCUGCUCAGACUGUGGGAAGGGAUUCACUCGAUCAUCCACCCUAAUAGCACACCAGCGAGUUCACACUGGAGAGAGACCGUUCAGCUGCUCAGUAUGUGGGAAGGGAUUCGCUCGAUCAGCCGACCUUCAUAGACACCACCAAUUUCACACUGGGGAGAAGCCAUUCACCUGCCCAGACUGUGGGAAAGGAUUUACUUUAUUAUUUCACCUACGGAGACACCAGUCAGUUCACACCGGGGAGAGGUCGUUCACCUGCUCAGUGUGUGGGAAGGGAUUCAAUCAGUCAUCUCAUCUGCUGAGGCACCAGCAAGUUCACACAGGGGAGAGGCCGUUCACCUGCUCAGUGUGUGGGAAGGGAUUCGCUCAGUCAUCUCAUCUACUGAGACACCAGCAAGUUCACACUGGGUAGAGGCCAUUCACCUGCUCAGACUUUGGGAAGAGUUUCUCUCAGCCAUUUCCACCAAAUGUGCAUCAUUGAGUUCACCCUGGGGAGAGGCUGUUCACCUGCUGUAAAUGUG